AUGCUCUGUGCAAAGCUUGUUCCGAAAGUGCUGACGGCGGAGCAAAAAGAAUUGCGACGGUCGAUUUGCGAGGACUUUCUUGAACGAAUUCAGAGUGAAGGACGUGACUGGAUGAAUUCGAUUAUCACGGCAAAUGAAAGCUGGGUAUAUCAAUAUGACCCUGAGACUCGCCGACAGAGCAAACAGUGGGUUGAUAAGGGAGGAGAGCGUCCCACGAAAGCCCGGAUGUCUCGAAGCCAAAUUAAGACAAUGCUCAUCUGUUUCUUCGAUAAAACGGGUAUUGUGCACCGAGAAUUUGUUCCUCAAGGACAAACGGUGACUUCGGUAUUUUACAUUGAAGUUCUUAAGCGAUUGUGUCAAAGAGUGUCUCGUUACUAA